CAGGCCAAACCGCCCAGAGGCGUCAUCCCUCUCGCACUAAUCUCUCUUCCUCCUCAUUUCCUCCCCCUUUUACCUGCGAAACCAAACCACCACCAGUCCACCACCCCACCUCCCCCUUUCCCUUCUCCUCCAAGCAAAGCCGCCCGUCCCGCCGGCCGGGCAAAAACCCUAGCCCCGCGAUGUCCGGCUCCGGCGUCCCCUCGGGCCGCGGUUCCGGCGGCGGAGGCGGCUCCCGCAGCUUCGACUUCGGCGCCGACGACGUGCUCUGCUCCUACGACGACUUCGCUGCCACAUCCGAGCCCAAGCGCCCCGAUCCGGCCGACAAGGAUUUUCAUGACAGCAGAUUGGGGAGACCGUUUGUGAAAGCUUACGAACAAGAAAGUUAUGGAAAGGAGGAUGUACUUUCUGCUGUUGAGAAAUGCAUGAAAAAGUAUGCUGAUAAUUUGCUACGAUCUCUUGAGGGAAUCACUAGUCGGCUUUCGCAACUGGAGAUCUAUUGCUAUAAGCUUGAGAGAUCCAUAGGUGAACUUCGAAGCGAUGUGCUUCGUGAUGAGACUGAUCAUAGAUUGAAGUCUCUUGAGAAGCAUCUACAUGAAGUGCACAGGUCUGUCCAAAUUCUUAGGGACAAACAGGAGUUAGCUGAAGCUCAGAAGGAACUGGCCAAAUUCCAACUUACACAAGAUACAUCUAAAAAGAAGGAAGAUGUACCAACACCAUCUAUUCCUGAGCCAAAGAAGCUUGAAGAAAAGCCUGAUACAUCAGGCCAGCAAUUGGCCCUUGUUUUGCCUCAUCAGGUGAACCCGCCAUCACUUGCACCUAGAGCCUCUGAAUCAAUUCAACAGUACAAGGAUCAACCUGUGCAGCAAGCAGCACCUGUCCCUCGUGUGUCUCAGCAGGACCGCUAUGUUCUUAGCCAAGCCAUCGUCUACUACCCACAGCGCCAGGACACACAGGGGCAGCAAUUGCAACCAGAGUUGCAGUACUUGCCAGCAAGACCCCCAGCUCAAGAUGUUCCGGUUCAUGCUUCAUCCCAAUCGCCUCAGGCCGGAAAUCAAACACAGCCGCAGUCUUACCCUCCUUAUCAGCAGCAGUGGCACCAGCAAUCCUCCCAGCCAACCCCUGCACCAGUGGCUCAGCCACAGCAGACUCUUUCGCAGCCAUUUCCUCCAUCUGCGCAGCAGCCCCAACUGUCUAAUGUGCAGCAUUUUCCUCCGCAACCAGUGCAGCAGCCCCAAUCUAGCUCUCAACAAUACCCUCCGCCAGCAGUGCAACCACAGCAAUCUAAUCCACAGCUUCCUCAACAGGCAAUGCAACCACAGCACCACCCUGUGCAAACUCAGAUAAGACCUCAAACCCCACCAAAUUACCCUCAUUAUCCACCCCAGCAGCCCGUGAACCCCACCCCUGAAGCUCUGCCUGGCAAUGUGGCUAUGCAAGGACAAUACAACACUGCUGCUCCAUCAGGUGUGAACCGUUCUGAAGCACCAUAUUCAUAUGGAGGACCUGGCUUCCCACCUUCUCAGCCACCGCCGCAGCACAGCAUGCAAAGGCACCAGCUACCACCUUCAAGUCAGGGCUCCUAUGGGCCACCUCCAAGCAAAGGGUCCUAUGCCGGUGGUCCUGCACAAUACGCGCCACAGGGCAAUCCACAAGGCUACGGUGCAGGUUACGGCUACCCGCCAAGCGGCCCUCCAGCAGUCCAGCCACCACAGAUGCCCCCAGGUGCUGGCAUGAACCAUCCGGGGUCGCAUAUGAUGCGUGGCCAUCCCUAUGGAGAAAUGAUUGAGAAGGCAAUCGCCAUGGGAUAUCCUAGGGACCAGGUGCUGAACGUGACCCAGAGGAUGACUGAGAGCGGCCAGCCGAUGGAUUUCAACACCCUGCUCGACAGGCUGAACGAAGCUGGGUCCGGAGCACCCCCUCGAGCGUGGUGAAUUUGGUCCAGGUUUGGGCGUCGUUCUCGGUGGUGUGCUAUGACUUAUGACCGUUAUCACGCAGCUAAAUAAAUAAGAUUUGAGCUGAUGCCGUGUACUGCUUGUCUGUACGAUGUACAUAUAUAAUUUGUGAGUUUCAUGUAAUUGCUGCGGCACGUGUACUGCGAACGUAUCAUUCCAGUUGGACUACUCAGAUCUAUACUGAAGCAAAAUUAUUGAAAGGAA